AUGAAGAAAGCUACUGACGGAAAGAAUUCUCCUGAUUUAGUGAGCCUCUACGACAUGUUGGAAACGAAACUAAGAGCUUUGGAAAGCAUGGCACACACGAAAGAAAAAUUUGCUGACUUUCUGGAGCCUCUUGUCGAAUCAUGUCUGCCUGAAAGUGCUCUACGUGCCUGGGAAAGAAGCCGAGUGUCGGAAGAUAAUGAUGAUUCUACAAGUCAAAGAUUUCUCGAAAAAUUAAUGUGUUUUGUGCGUCAUGAAGUCGAAUCGGAGGAGAUGACAAGUUUAGCUCGAGAGGGAUUUGGUAAAAAUAAUGGAGUAGUUAAACGAAAUAAUAACAAAAUUAUAGUUGCAAAUGUCCCGGAUGUAGCAACGACAGCCAUGUUAGUAAGUACAAAUGCUUCUCACGACGGGAUACCCAAAGAAAAUCAGCAUAUAAUAGAGAAUUUAAGAAUAAAUAAUAUCGAAUUAUCUGAUGCUUUUUGUAGCGAAGAUGAAAUUGAGCUUUUAUUAGGAGCAGAUCUCAUUGGGAAAUUAUUAACGGGAAAGUGUGUUCAGUUAAAUUUUGGCUUAGCUGCAAUUCAUUCAAAAUUAGGAUGGACUGUUGUUGGCAAAGAAACUGGACUCGGUUCCAGUGAUGAUGAAAUAGUUGUAGAUUCUUCUGUGCAAACAGUUCUGUCUUUGUAUGCGAAUGAUAUUUCCUUAAAAGAAUUGUGGGAAAUUGAUUUUUUAGGUAUUCGUGAUCCCAUUGAAAAUGUUUCAAAAAGGAAAUUAUUUGACGAGCAGUUAAAAGAGUUCCAUGAAAAAUUAACUAUUCUUUCCGAUGGCAGACCUGUUAUUAAAAACAGUAGCCAAAGCACUAAGAUAAGACCAGUUUUCGAUGCGUCGGCACGAGAAAAGGGAAAACCGUCUUUAAACCAAUGUUUAUUUACUGGGCCCAAUUUAAUCGAAUUAUUACCUGAUAUUCUUGAUAGAUUCAGAAUGUUCCCAAUAGGUUUAAGUGCAGCCAUAGAAAAGGCCUUUCUUCAAAUUGGGAUUUCUCCACAUGAUAUGGAUUAUCUUCGUUUUUUCUAUCCUAGUAAUGAAGGAGAAAAUUAUAGGCACUCUAAGGUUGUAUUCGGAGUUACUUCUAGCUCUUUUGUUUUAAGUGCAUCAAUUGAACACCUCCUUGAUCACGCUCCUCAUGACUUUGCUGACGUGGUGCGGAAAUUAAGACAUUCAUUUUAUGUGGAUAACUGUUUUAUAAGUGUGACUAAUGUUACUGAAGAAAAACAUUUUAUUGAAACAGCGCAAAAGGUGAUGUCGAGAGCUUGCUUCAAUCUCCGAGGAUGGGAAAGUAAUUUUCCAUGUGAAUAUAUGUGCAAAUCAUCUGGUGUAACUUGUGUUUUAGGUAUACGUUGGGAUCUUGAUAAUGAUUCUCUAAUGCGUAACAUUACUUUCAAAACUUUAACUUGUGAAACUAGAGUUACUAAAAGAUUAAUUUUGUCUCUUGUACAGCAAAUAUUUGAUCCCAUUGAUGCCAGUAAAAAAGCAUAUGCAGCCUGUAUUUUUGUACGAUCUGUUGAUUCGGAUGGAGUAAAAGUUAAUUUGGUACGGGCGAAAUCUAGAGUUGCUCCCUUGAAAACUUUGAGCAUACCGCGCCUCGAACUGAUGGCAUGUUGCAUUGGGGCAAGGUUGUCGAAUUCUGUUCGCAAUGCCCCUGACUUACCAGAUAUGAGAAUCACGUUCUGGACUGAUUCUUCAGUUGCUCUUUGGUGGAUCAAGGAGCAAGGAGAUUGGUCAGUUUUUGUUAAGAAUAGAAUGAAAGAAAUCAAACAGUUAUCUAGAUCUCAGAUAUGGCGCCAUGUGCCAGGAAAUAUUAGCCCGGCUGAUUUAUUAUCAAGAGGUUGCUCUAUUAAAUAUAUGCUGAAGUCUGAAUGGUGCAAUGGCCCAAUUGGCUUUUAA